AUGUCUACAUCGCAGCCAUCAUAUUAUCCUCGAUCACCUCAAUCUACAUCAAACUAUAGCAUUUCUAAUCUUAGUAAUUAUUCUUCAAAUGUGCCCGGUAUUAUGUCUCAACAUCAGCACUUAUCAUAUGCCUCACCAGUACAGAAUUCUAUAGAUACAGAAUUGGCUGUACCAAAUAUUUCCAGUCAGCGACCAUAUCAGCAUUGCAUUGGGUCUUCAUAA